AUGAACUUCGAACCGGACUUGAAGCAGUACACCAUGUGCUCGGUAUUGGGCUCGUGUUUCUCGGACCGGGCGGUUGUGUUCCUGGGCAAGCACAACAAGAGCGGCAACUUGGUGGCAAUGAAGAACUUCAACUUGGACAGUAUGUCGAAAACUGACUGCCAGCUCAUACAGGACGAGAUCUACAACACUAGGCAACUGAUGCACCCGAACCUCAUACCGUACGUGACUUCCUUUUUGGACAAAAGUCAGCUGUAUGUUGUGUUCCCGCUCAUGGGGUAUGGUUCGUGCAGAGACUUGUUGCGCAAUCAUUUCGUGGAAGGAUUGCCGGAAACAGUUAUAGCAUUUGUGCUCAGGGACGUUCUGCAGGGACUUGAGUACAUACACAAUAAAGGGCUCGUGCAUAGGGCUAUAAAGGCAGGUCAUAUAUUGAUACGCGCGGAUGGACAUGCAAGUUUAUCGGGCUUGCGUAGCAUGUGUCCAAUUGAUAAACGGUCAAAUUUACAUUCCUUGCCACUGCAAUCAGCUAACAACUUGAAUUGGUCUAGUCCCGAGAUGCUUGAACAAAAUUUGCUUGGGUACAACGAAAAAUCUGACAUUUACAGUAUAGGCAUAACAUCAUGUGAACUGGCAAAUGGUUUCGUUCCUUUUGCUGAAACCGAUACCACGUUUAUGCUAACACAAAAAGUUAAAGGUCUAAUUCCACACUUGUUAGACUGCACUACAUGCUAUCCAUAUGAAGAUAAUGCAGCUGAUAAUGGAUACCAAUCCGAAGAAACAAUUGGGGUGAAUGCAACACCUGUGAGCAAUGUUUAUACAAGGAUGUUUACGGAGGAGUUUCACAAUCUUGUUGAAUUGUGUUGUCAACGAGAUCCAGAAAGUAGACCUUCUGCGCCCAAUUUGUUGGCUCAUACUUUUACUAAACAAGUGAAACGAGUAAACGUAAAAGUAACUGAUUUAUUACGGCCGGCUGUACCGCUGUUGAAGACAAAUGUUGCAGAAAUAAGUGAUGAUCUUGCUUCUAUUGGAGGCAUGUCACAACAAUUGAGUGAUCUUGACCUGUUGACAUAUGCAUGGGAUUUUGACCUUAAUGACAUAGUACCAACACUAUAA